UUCUACGAGAGGUUGACAUCAAUAGUCUUUCUCCAGAGCUCGUCCUUACGGUGAAAAUGGGCUAUUAAAGGAGAAAACAUUUGAAGAAGGAGGUGCAGAUAAUAUGAUGACUCCAUGGAUGUGCAACACCAGGUGCCCCCCAAGCUCUAAAGACUGGAUGGCUAACAGAGGAGAGAGACAAGAGAGGAGAGACAGCUGAGUUGGUGGCAAGGAAAAGGAACUGAGACUUCCUUUGGCCUGGUCCUGAGCGAGUCAGAAGGAUGAGCCACCAAGUGUUCAUAAUGCAAAGCAUGUGUAUGAGUAUGUGGGGGCUCUUACUGCUGUGUGCCACAACGUGGGCAUCAGAGCCGAUAAUUGUGGAACUAGAAGCCUCCAUGCACUCGACUCUCCUCUCGGACAUACAUUCAUCCUUAUCCAGAGUGGCAACAGCACAGUCCUCUGUAGUUACAGACUCUUCGGCAGUGGUGGGCCAGAUGUUCUGGAUGAAGAUCCCGUUGGUGUCAGCAGACUGCCAUGGCAUAGACAUUAUCUCUGAAGUUGCCAGUGCGCCAUUCCCUUCAUGGCUAUACUGGGACAAUGAGCUCUGUCUUCUUCAAGGUUUACCACUAGAGGGGGAUAAAGGUCUGUAUCGUUUCAGCUUGUCUCCAGCAGGAUUGCAAAGUCCUGACGGCAGUAUGCAGAGCCACCUGCUUCUCAGAGGAAUGAAACUAAGCAGUGCAUACACUCAUAUAAGCCAACCAGAAGUCUUCACGAUCACAGUAAACUCUGAAGACCAGCAGGAGAUAGAACCCACUCCAUUGGCACUGCAUACAGAGACUAAUGCAACAACAGUGUGCGUCUGUUCAAGUAGCCAGCCAAUCACUGGGCUAACAAUAAUCCUGGAUGCCGACCUCACAAAGAUGAACUCCAGGGAGCGACUGACACUGCUACAGAAAAUGAGUCACUUUGCUAGUGUGCCGCCGGAGCUGAUGCGAGUCAUGCCUGUUAUUAACAACCGUUUUUUUGACAUGACUGCUUUCAUGGCUGGUCCAGGCAAUGCCAAGAAGGUGGUGGAAAAUGGUGCGCUGUUAUCAUGGAAGCUAGGCUGUGCACUUGAUCAGAGCAACCUACCUGAUAUUAGUCAAGUACAGUUGCCAGCCAAGGAUGGCACUAUGUCAACUCUGCUAGGGUAUCCAGUGGUUGGCUGGUACAUUGUCAAUAAGAAACCACAAGUGGUCAAGCGAAUCAGAAGACAGAUCCACAACACUCCAACCCCGGUGCCCUCUCAACUACCCCCAACCACUCAUCUAGAACCUGCGGAGCGCAUUGUGCCAACCCCCUCAUCCCCUUUCAUUGCUCCCACUACAGAUCUAUUGGCAAAUCCUGCUCGCGGUCCUUUGCCCUUGCCAGUCAAACCUACCAUUCGGAUCCGUGAUCAGGUGGCAUACACACCUGUCUUAGGCCACCCGCUGCCCACUCGAGUUUUGGGCAGCACCAGCACUCUCCCCUUGCAACCAACGCUGACCCGUCUUGGUUACGUGGAGCCUACCGCUUUGGUUACUCCGCCAACCACCCGCAGACCAAAGACCUCCACCACAAAAAAGGGCAAGAAACAGAAGACCACACCCAUGCCUAGAGAGCCAAAAACAACAGUUAAGCCUUCCAGACGCACCACCCCCUUGACCAACCAGAAACCUCAGCUACAUAACCCUAUUGAUGAAGUGAAUGUGUGGGUUGGAACGUACUUUGAAGUAAAGAUUCCAGCGGACACAUUCUUUGAUCAGGAAGAUGGAAGCACUGAAAGGUUGCGGCUGUCACUGCGCCAGAGUCACAACCAGGUAGUGGAUGAGGGAUCUUGGAUCCAAUUUAAUAGCACCAGUCAACUACUAUACGGCCUUCCUGAUGAGAGCCACGUUGGCCGUCAUGAAUUCUUCAUGAUGGCCACAGAUAAAGAAGAUUCUAGCACCACAGACGCCUUUGAGGUUCAUGUUAAUCGCUGGCCAAUUGAUGACCAAUCACCAGUUGUGUUUACUGCUCGUUUUCAAGGGGAACCCAAAACAUUGACCAGUGACAUCCAUAAGAAAAUUUUAUUAAGCAAGAAACUUGCCUCUGCACUGGGUGAUCGCAACAGCAGUGCUGUCACUCUAAGAAAUAUCUCCAGGGGUUCAAUUCUGGUGGAGUGGACAAAUAGCAGCAUGCCUAAGAACCCUUGCCCACGUGAGCAGAUUCAGGCAAUGUGCCGCAGGAUUUCAGAUGCUCAGGGUCAUCCCACUCCCGUCUUCAACAGUGCCAUGGAACCAGAGUUCAAACCCAUCAACAUCAGUGUUCGUGGUGCCAACAAAUGCCAAAGGUUCUCAUUUGUGCCACCAGGGGAAAUCUCUGUCCCUGUCUCUUCAGCAGAGAGUCCCAUUCCAGUGUCAACCUCAGUCACGCCUUCAUCUGGCUCUGGCCGGCGUAGCAGCGAUGACGUUUACUUACACACAGUUAUACCUGCUGUAGUGGUGGCUGCUCUGCUGCUCUCUGCUGGUUUCAUUGCCAUGGUUUGCUACCGAAAGAAACGGCGUGGAAAAUUAACCACAGAGGAACAGGCCACCUUCAUUAAAAAAGGUGUCCCUAUCAUUUUUGCAGAUGAGUUGGAUGAUGCCAAGUCUCCACCUUCCUCCAGCAUGCCAUUGAUCUUGCGUGAGGAGAAGCCUCCUCUGCCUCCUCCUCAGUAUCCCAGCUCCGCUUGCGGUGAAGGGUCGCUGCUCAACCACCACAUCCUAGAGGAGUACAUCUCCCUCAGUGAUGAUGACCCUAGUGCUCCCCCCUAUCAACCUCCCCCUCCUUUUACUGUUCCCAUAGAGGGCAAAGGUUCCCGACCUAAAAACAUGACAGCCUACAGGUGCCCUCCACCCUAUGUGCCCCCCUAGUAAAUGACUGGACCUCUCGCAGUGGAGGACAAAAGGACUUUAGUAGACAUUUUAAGUGGAAAUAAAAUAGUGUGAAUAUGGACUAUAUAAAUUGACUGGCUGCGUGUGUGGACAAAGCCCUUGAUUGCAAGGCACGCUGGAUUAUUGUGACUCUAAAUGACUGAGCAGUGGCUCCACGCUCCAGUCCAUAAAACACUAUACUACUGAUCCAAAAUCUACAAUACUUAGACUGAAAUGUCAGUACUUAAAUCUCUGACUCAUUUGAAAUUUCUGAACCAGUUACUAUGGAGCAGUAAAUGGGGCAUACGGGUUCAGAAUGACUGAAGCUCAUAUUCACUAACACUCUUUGGGAAUUACUGGCUCUAAAGCACUGAAACAGCUACUGCCACUGAGAGUCACUUAAUCAAACUGUAAGCCACUUAGGCAGAGCUACGGAGCAGAGAUUUAUAUGAGGCACCGCUAAGAAUACAUUUGGUGUCUGUAUAGUCUGUGUUUCUGAUUUUUUUUAUAAUGAUCUUUUUUAAUGUCUUUACUUGCCUGGAAGCAACAUUUAUAUGGAGUAUUAUGUUUCUAUGUCAUACGAAACAAAAGCAAACUGCUGGCUAUAUCUAUUUGAUCAUAGGCAGCCUUAUAGGCAGAUAGAGACAUUUGUUAGUGUAAAUGAAUCAUUCAGCCUAAUAUAAAAUUUGUUUAACCUUUAAAUGCAUUGCAGAUCAAAACCCACCAUCAAAUUUGACCAUCAAACCAUUUCAACAAUUGUCCUGUGCUCACUGUAUAAAUCAAUCUGCAGAUUCAACUGCUGAACACGAUGGUGGCCUAUGACUACUUGUAAUUUGAUCUAGAUCUGCUUUUUUGUUUGAAAGACUUUUUAAGGCUAGCAUGUUUCAGACACACAUCACUGAACAGUAGGUAACCAGUGCACUCUGGAUAGAAAUUGUUUCUGGAUAUAAAUUAGCCCAACAUUUUGCUUAUAAUUAAACCUUCUAUGGCUCUAGCGUCAGUGUAAGAGAUUUUUCAGUUCCCACCACAUUUUGUAAACAGACUGCCCUUGAUAAUUCUUGGAAUCAUCACUCACCAUCAUAUUGUUAUUAUUCUUUAGACAACAAGGACUCCAGUGAAAGCAUUGCGUUGCUUCUGACUGCUGUAUCAAGUGUUUCCUCCUCUUUGUUGUAAUGUGGCAUUGCAUUGCGUGUUUGUAUAUAAUUGUGUGCCUGCUCCACCCAUGGGAUCAAUAAUACUACAGCACUAGAGUAGAACAAAAAAAAGGAUUUUAUUUUACAAACAUUUCCAAGAGAUAUGACUACUAUAUUCUGAAAACAGAAAUGCAAUAUUUUACUGAAUCUGAUCUAACCAGGAUGUGUAUUAGCCCUUGUGCUGUGAAUGUUUUGGAAAGAGUGACGAGCCGAAGGAGAUUCGUGUUAGAUAAAUAAUGAUUAAAAAAAUGACCACAUGGAACAACUGAAAUAAUUCAGUCUAAUGUUUUUACUACGUUUUUGAUACGUCUGAAAUUGUUUAUGAAAAAUAUAUUAAUAAAGCUGUACUAAAAAUUGUUAA